CGCUCUCGCAAUAUUUCCGACGUACAAGCAAACUUCAUUCCAGUCAUCAAAUGGUACGAAAUUCGCAGUCAUGUUGUUAACAGUUUCUUUAAUAUUGGCUUUCGGGGCAACCAGUUACGCAUCCACUCCAUUUAAAUCGCUAAACAUCAAGUACCAUGUAUCUACUGAUGCCACCAACUGGUUUCAAGCAUUUAUAAAUUGCAAAAGUGCAGGCAUGGAAUUGGCUAGUAUAACCACGCAGGAAGAACAACACAACUUGGAGCACUUUAUGAAAGAACAUGGUUACAACGAGGGAUAUUGGCUAUCGGGAACGAAUCUAGGCGAUGGGAAUUUCUAUUGGGCAUCGACAGGGACAAAAGUCGUAUACGCAAAAUGGCUACAAAAUCAACCUGACGACGCCAAGCUCGCGGAAAACGAUUACAAAGGGGAAAAUUGCAUCCAAUGGGGAAUCUACAGGUCUUCGCCCAAUCCCAUCGGUUGGAACGACCUAAUGUGCAAGUAUCAGCUAAAAUAUAUCUGCCAGGACUACUCCUAUUGUUCUCCGGCUAGUAAUUUUGUUAAAUGACUACAUUAGAUUUGUUUGAAAACUUUUAUUCUCUUUGCAUUGUGAUAGAUAAAUUAUUUGUUGAUAUUUAUCAAUAUAUUUUUAUAAAUAUAUGCGUACGCUUUUUUGCCAAGCCAACGUUUUAACAAUGUCUUGUAUAGAAAACGGAUU